AUGGCUUCGUUCGGUGGAGCCUGCACCCAUGGACCUGGUGCAGUCGUUGGUGAAGAACUUAAACUUCCGAUUCGCUCAUGGCAUACCAUCAAGGAAGAUAACGCCAUCUACAUGAAAAAGGCGACUAAAUUCUAUGAUUCGCUGGCCAGCCGUGCUGUGAAAAAUGGACAUGCGAUAGACAUUUAUUCGUGUGCACUGGAUCAGACCGGUCUUUUGGAGAUGAAGAAUUGCUUCAAUUCUACAGGAGGUGGUUAUUUUACAUUGAUAGAUUUGUAG